GGUUAUUUUCCUUCCACAUGUUUUGUUGAAUUAAGAAUAAAUAAAGGCUUAAACUCGCUAGUGCUAGUAGCAUUUUACAUUAGAUUCAAACAAGUAUUAACAUACUUCCAAACUUUUGUUUUCGUGUGGGCAGGACAACAACGUAACAUAACAUGUGGUCUUGAAGAAACCAAACUGUGAGUUCAUAAAUUCUGAACAAACCCGUUACUAUUUUUGUGUAAAUAUAUACCUGAGAAAAAAAGGAACCAAUCUCAAAAACUCAAAGUAGGUCGCAUGGAAAGUGCUGUUGGAACAAUGAACCAUGAAUUCAAAGCAAAUUCUACAAUCACGAUUAAGGGUAUUCUGAGUCUUCUAAUGGAAAGUGUUGGUGAGAAUAGCAAGAGAGUUAUUUCUCUUGGAAUAGGUGACCCUACUCUCUCCACGUGUUUCCCUAACACUAAGGUUGCUGAAGAGGCUGUUGCUGAUGCACUUCAUUCUGCCAAGUUUCAUGGAUAUGCUCCCACUCCUGGUCUUCUCCAGGCAAGAAGUGCAAUUGCCAAAUAUCUAUCUGAUGACCUCCCUUACGAGCUAUCAUCUGAUGAUGUUUUUAUAACAUGUGGAUGCACACAAGCCAUUGAUGUUUCGGUUGCGUUGCUUGCUCGUCCCGGUGCAAAUAUUUUGCUACCAAGGCCCGGCUUCCCAAUCUAUGAACUUAGUGCUGCAUUUAGACAAGUUGAAGUGAGACAUUAUGAUCUGUUGCCUGAAAAAGGUUGGGAGGUUGAUUUAGAUGCUAUUGAAGCCCUCGCAGAUCAGAACACGGUUGCGGUAGUGAUUAUAAACCCCGGGAAUCCUUGUGGAAAUGUAUACUCUUACCAUCAUUUGGAGAAGAUUGCGAAAACAGCAAAAAGGCUUGGAACAAUUGUGAUUGCUGAUGAAGUUUAUGGUCACCUUGCAUUUGGGGAUAACCCUUUUGUGCCUAUGGGUUUUUUUGGGUCUAUUGUUCCUGUUCUAACUCUUGGAUCCUUGUCUAAGAGAUGGAUAGUACCUGGAUGGAGACUCGGUUGGUUUGUGACAAAUGAUCCAUCUGGUACUUUCAGAAAACCAAAGGUAGUCGAGCGCAUCAAAAAGUAUUUUGAUCUAUUGGGAGGUCCAGCUACUUUCAUCCAGGCGGCUGUACCUCGCAUAAUUACACAGACAGAAGAGGUUUUCUUCAGAAAAACCAUUGACAGUUUGAGGCAUACCGCGGAUAUAUGUUGCCAAGAGAUGGAAGAUAUUCCAUGCAUUUCUUUCCCUUGCAAACCACAAGGGUCCAUGGCUAUGAUGGUGAAACUAAACCUUUCACUUAUGGAAGAUAUUAGCGAUGAUAUUGAUUUCUGUUUCAAACUUGCCAAGGAGGAAUCUGUUAUCAUUCUUCCAGGAACUGCAGUAGGUCUAAAAGAUUGGAUUCGCAUCACUUUUGCUGCUGAUCCAUCUUCUCUCAGAAAAGGUAUGAAAAGGAUAAAAGUUUUCUCUCAAAGACAUGCGAGAGAACAGUAAAAACAAACAAAAUAAGGAGUCUACUAAGCAUGUAUUAUAGCCUUGGACUCAAUCUUCUGCUAAAGAAGGUUGCAUUCUUUUUACUACACUAUACAGCAAGAAUGGAAGAUUUGUAUUUCAAUACCGUGUAAUAAACAGAUGUGUUAUUUUUCUCGAUAAAUAGGAACAAUUUAUUAAGGUCA